UUCUAAAAUUGCGAAUCCCCUUACUCAAUUAUUGCUCAAGGAUGCCACAUUUGAGUUCACUGAUGCUUGUUUGGAGUCUUUUGACAGGAUUAAGAAAGCAUUGGUAACUGCUCCAAUCAUUCAGCCUCCGGAUUGGGAUUUGCCGUUCGAAAUUAUGUGCAACGCUAGUGAUUAUGCUGUUGAAGCAGUGCUUGGCCAAAGAAAGAACAAGGUGUUGCAUGCCAUCUAUUAUGCAAGCAAAACCUUGGAUGGAGCUCAGAUGAAUUACGCUACUACUGAGAAAGAGCUCCUUGCGGUUGUUUAUGCUCUUGACAAAUUUCGGACGCAUCUUGUUGGUUCGAAAGUCAUUGUACACACUGAUCAUGCCGCCCUGAAGUAUUUGUUGGCCAAGAAAGAGGCCAAACCGAGACUUAUUCGAUGGAUUCUUCUUCUACAUGAGUUUGAUUUGGAGAUUCGGGAUCAGAAGGGUGCUGAGAAUGUUGUUGCAGAUCAUCUCUCUCGGUUGAAAUUUCAAUCUAGCACAGACGGGCCUAUCAAUGAUUCAUUGCCUGACGACCAUCUAUUCUCUGUGUCUACUCAAUCCCCAUGGUAUGCGGACUUUGCAAACUAUUGUGUUGGUGGCUCCUGUGAGGGGGUCGAAAAAGCACGAGGCUAAUGCGUGACCUCGUCCCUCGUGGGUGUGACGCUUCUUUUUGUCAAAUCAAGUGUAAUUGGAUUUCCUGUGAGUUUACACCCAAUUGACUAGUAAUAUAGGAGUCGCCAUUCAGUUUUUAACGACAAUGAGAAAAACUGACAAAACCCGGUUAUCGUGACAUAAUGGGAGUGCAAUUAUGUUUGACCACGACGGCCGUAGGUUCCCUUGUGAUCCCUGGUGGUGGGGAUCGCUCAACGUACACCCGCAGGGUAGAGAUUGAGGGUUCGGGGGACUGUAACUACCGAGAGGAGUACUCGCUCUUCGAUAACUCCAGAGGCAGGAUAUCCUUACUAGCUCAGCAUAAAUAAUGGAAGGGACAUGCGUUAACUAUUAAACUAAUCUGAGUUGAUUUCAUCAAUAUGCAACAUAUAGUACUAGAUCGGGCGCGAUUAUCUGAUUUAGAUUGUUUUAAGGGACCUAGCAUGAUAAUCCAAUUUGCCAAAAAUAUCAUAUUUAUUAAGCGUGAUCGAACAAUCAGAUUUAGUUAGUUUAACAGUUCAUAAAAGGGCGAGGAAAGCAAUUAAACCAUGGAAAAGGGACACAUUACGACGCACCCUUGAGAGGUGCGUCACGGUUCUCAGAAAACUAACCACUUUGACUUUGCUAUUUCUCCUUUUAUUUAACGAAUCUCAAAUUAUGGGACGGGAUACGUUCUGUUCGAUUUAUGGAUCGAUUGCGACAGAACGCGUGAUCAGUUUUGCAGCGUGAGGCUUAGGCUUAGGGGUUUAGAGUCAAUACUCAGAAUAAUUGUGUGUUGUUGUCGUUUUCACGUCGAACUUAAGGCCCUAUUUAUAGAAAAGAGUUCGUGGAAAAAUAGAAUUGUAGAACUCUAAUCCACGAGGAAUUAGGAAAAAACACGUACCAGGUAUUUUCAGCGCCCAGGCAUGGGCGCCGAAGAUUUCGGCGCCCAGAGCCAGGCGUUGAAAAUAGGAUCUGGGCUGUUUUUCUUAGUCAGAUUCGGAUUCCUAGAAUCCGGAGUAUUUGAGAUUUAAUUGAGUCUUUUAGGGCGUAUUAACCUUGUGACGGGAUGCGUCUGGGCCCGUUACGAACUCUAGGCUCGUUAGGAUUUUAAUUAAUACGUGACUCUUAUUUUCGGAUUAUAUUAAGAAUAGGAUUCUCUCGUAAUCUCUAUCUCAUUUAGGAUUUAUGUUGGAUUGCAACACCUAAUUUUGACAGGUUCUAUCUUUUAUGACUUGCCACUUUUAACAACUACCCAUUACGGCAGUUACUAUUUUUAGCAGGUUUCCAUAAAUAGCAGGUUUCGGGUGAAAUGAAAAGGAGAAUUGAGAUUCGUUAUUUUAUAGGAGAUGCGUUGUCAAGUGGAGAUUUACGCUUUCAUCAUCGAACCUUCCCUUUCGGGAAUGGGGACAAAAGUAGGUGUCUACAGUUAGCCCCCACUUUGACUGAGUCUUGGAGUAAGACGAUGGUCAAAGUAUUAGACGGAGUGCGUCGCACAAGCCAUGGUGACCUGUUUUGGCGAGGGUCUCACGAGCCCCCGAGUGAUAACAUUUGACUUAAGGGUCAUCACUUGAAGUGUCGACAUAUCCCUCACGUGUCAUUGGGAUUUGUCAACGGAUAGUAUAGAAACUUCCUCACUUUGUCAUUGGAAGGAUCUAAAGGUGCGCAGAAACUCCCUCACUUUGUCAUUGGGAGUAGCUACAGAUGUUUUCGAAAUCAAAGCUAUAAAGUGUAAUUGGGCCUGGCCAAGCCCAAUCACAAGGUAAAAAAUGUUUUAAAAGAUUCUCAUUUUCAGGGCUAGCUAAACGAGAAAACCCCCUUGUUUUUAUGGGACGUAAAACGAAGGAAAAUCCAGCACAUCGCUCUUUUUUUUUUGGAAAAAACGGAAAAUCAAUCCUUUUAAUUUUUUGGAAAAGGGAAAACCAGAAAAAGUUAUCGCUGCAGCGACUAAGGACCUGCGCGGCUUGUGACGCAGACCCCGCCGGCUAAAGAUGGCGAGCCUGUCCGCUAAGGGUGGACACCCCGUCCGAUAGAAGUGGACGAAUCUAUUUUUGAAAUGUGAAAAUAAGGACCUACGCGGCUUGUGACGUAGACCCCCCCGGCUAAAGAUGGCGAACCUGUCCGCUAAGGGUGGACACCCUGUUCGAUAGAAGUGGACGAAUCUGUUUUGAAAUUUGUUUUGUGUUUAUUUUUUGAAAAAUGAGGACCUACGUGGUUUGCGCCGUAGACCCCGCCGGCUGAAGAUGGCGAGCCUGUUUUAUUUUGAAUUUUGAAAAUUUCAUUUUUGGAAAACUGAGGACCUGCGCGGCUAGUGACGCAGACCCCGCCCGCUGAAGGUGGGCGAGCCCUGUCCGCUAAGGGUGGACAUCCCUGAAUUCGUUUUUUCCUUGAUUUGGAACUUGCGUGGUUCGCGGCGCGAUCUUGCCUGAUAAAGGUGGGCAAGUCUCUAUUUUUUGUUCAUUGUGAUUUCUUUUUUUGAGAAUUUCUUUUGUUCAAUCUUGCAAGAGCGAAUUCUUUCGAGGGAUGCUCGAAUUUAGUUGUAACCUGAACGUGGGCUGACAUCGUGUUCAGACGGACCUUUGUCUUGCGACCGUCUGCUUUCGUGGUUUUGAGCUGGUCUUUAUGGUUCGAUUUUUGCCACUACUUGGUCUUUGAUCAGAGGACCAUGUACAAAUGUCAAUGACGACCCUUUUCUGAGGUCGAACCUGUUCUUUUGAGAUCAUCCAAACAUGGGACGGCGUAUAGCGCAGCCCGGGAAUGUGAUUUUGAUCGCGCGCUCACUGUUGGAGUAUACUUUUUGCGAGCCCCCAAGCACUCGGGCUUUGGUGGUCAUUUUUCGCAUACUUCAUAACGUCUUUUAAUCAUGUUUGGGGUCGAGCUCGUAUGUGCGAGCGACCUUUCAUAGUGGUGUGCUACUUUGGCGAAGUCAUGGGGUGCGACUUCAGUCUUCGGGCGACAAGGUUUAAUAUCAUUCGGUUUAGCUUGGCCCGUUUUAAUCCUUUGACAGACAAACAUUUUUUAUUUGAGAAACCAACGACUUAAUAACGUUUUUUGGUGUUUCGAAGAAUGACCUUGAUAUUUUUUGUUUUGAAAAGUGUACAUAUAUGUUUCUUGAGACAAGUCUAAGUUUCGACCAAGUUUUACCAUUCAUUUUUGCUAUUUGGGAGCUUAAAGGUGCUUUUGGGCUUGAUCUUAAUUGUACAUAGGGCCUCGUGUCUAGCAACACGGUUUUAAGUCUUUUCAUGCUCCGCGUUUUGUGAAAUCUGGGCCUUGGGCUGCAUUUUCGGCGCCCAAGGCUGGGCGUUAAAUAUUUCGGCGCCCAGCUUCGGGCGCUGAAAGUCCUUUCCUAGCGAAUUUUGACUUUCGGAUUUCUUAACGCGUUUCCGAAUGGGAUCAGGAUGUCACUUGAUGCGUUCAGCUAUAUAUAGAGGCUAGAUACGUCCCUAUUUUCUAACACUCUCAAUUUCCUUCUUUCUUUGCUGUGUUUUAAUUGCUCCUUGCUUUCGUCAUGUCGAUUCCCACUUUCUCACUCCAACGGGCUGUUAGGUGUUGGCUACGGGCCCUUAAUCCUACAGAAAAGGCUUUGUUGAAAGAAUACCACUUAGAGGCACUUUUAGGCUUACAACAAAUCAACAUUGACUAUAAUUUUCUGCACGCAUCCCUAAGCUUUUGGGAUUCCGAUCAUCAUGUUUUUGUCUUUCGGGGCAACGAAAUAUGUCCUUUGCCAGAUGAAUUUGCUGCGAUCCUUGGCUAUCCUACUAAUGCUACCCCUGCCACUCCUGGCACUAUUGAAGAGAGUAAAACAACCAUAGGGGCUUUCCUAGGACUAGAUGCUAACAUGCUUGCUGAAGUUGUUGUAGGUGAUGAGGUUAAUUUGGCAAAACUUGUAAAACACCACUUUAGGCCUAGUAAGAAUAUGACCGAACAGAAAUUGAAUAUUCGAGCCCUUGUAUUUUGCUUGUUGAAUCAUUAUUUGCUGUCAAAUGACAAUGGUGAGUUCGGUGACAUAAGGUUGAUCCCCUUGAUUAGCCAGAUGGAAAGUUGCUAUUCUAUUAUGCCGUUGGUUGUUGCCGAGACUUUGCUGAGUGCGGAUGAGCUGAAGAAGGACGCCAAAUCUGAAUAUUUUAAGGGAAGCCCCCUAUUACUGCAGAUUUGGCUCGUGGAACGGCUUAGGCUCUUGGAAGCUCCUGCCGAUCCUAAAGAUUAUCGCCCUAUAGCCUUGGGUAACCGAAAAUAUUUGCACCAAGGCCAGGACGAGGCCGAAUGGGCCUCCUUUUUUACUUAUGGCAUCUGUUCUAUUAAGUGGGUGGUACCAUAGUGGGGUUUGACUACUAUGACGGGGGGUUCUGAUGUAUCGGUUUAUGUUUCUUUGUUGGGGCUAUCUCGGCCCAUUUAUAUUUUCCCUUACCGAGUCAUGCGUCAAUAUGGUUUAAGGCAGACUAUCCCCUUUUCUGAUACGGUACCACCUAAAGUAGCGGCCUUUUCACAAGCACGGGUUCUAGCGUGGGCUAAGUAUUAUGAUGGUCUCCCGCGUUGGGCCGUGGCUACAAAUGGCUUUGUGGGUCUUUCUGAAAACUACAAGUUGUGGAUGAGCUCCGAUGAUAAAGCUGUGAGGACCGAGGCUCGAAAUGGGGAGCCGGCUGAGCUUUUGAUACCUCGUAUUCGUGUUAAGUAUGAGGGUCCUGAUUCUGCCAAACCUCGUACCCAUGGUAUUAAGACUGUGAAAGCUCGUCCUGAUCGAAAGCGAAAGGAAGUUCCUCCCCGUUCCAGUUUCAGGCCUAAAAAGAUGCAUAACAUGAAGGGGCCUGCUGUUGUUAAAAGAAAUGCAAGCUCUCGCGAAGAUCGUCGCCGGAACAAUGUAUGGGUUAGGAAGGCUCAGCCGCCUGUAGAAACAUCGACUAGUCUAGUUGAUGAUAAUAAUCCUUCUCCCACCAUUGUCUGUGCCCUUGAGGCUGAGCGGGCUAUAACUGAGAAUGUUUCUGAAGCCUUGGCAUCUUUGGAAGUUAGUGUCCAGGAGCUGGUUCUUAUGGAGAUUGAUAUUGGGGCAGCGCAGAAGACUGUGGGGGUGGAUCCUGCGAACAUUGCCCUCUACAAGACUUUAUUUGAUGAUCCGGAAGAACUAGAGUAGUGUAGUUCUUGCUAGGGUGUAGGUGCCCUUUAUUUAUUUCAGUUGUGUUUGUUUUUUCAUUCCUUAGCACUUUGUUUUCCUUCUUAUUAUUUUUUCAAUAAAGGCGUAUUUUAUUUUUUUCAUUUUCAUUUUUUGUUUCUCCUCCUUUUUUUAUAUUUUUACAUGCCUAACACUUUUUGUACAAUUUAUGUAUGUUUGUUUUUUUUGAUUGGACCGAAUCCUUGGUAAGGAUUGCCUACGUAUCUUGUCAGAAUCAGGUCACGCGUAGUUCUAGCUAGAAUAAGUUCUAGGAUGCCAGAUUUUAAUAGAUAUGCCCUGAGGUGGUAGCAUAUUACUUAAUCGGUCAAAUGAGUGAAGUAUUAUCAUUAUUUUCGUCUGCCGUUUUUUGUUUGCCGUAAGUCGCGUAAGAAAUGAAAUUCGACUACUUUUUGUAUGGCUAUAUUUUUUUUGGUGAGCCUAUUCGGAUACCUGCUGUACCCCCCAAGUGUUCGUUAUUUUUCCGUUACGUGCGGAUAAAAUGACGAGCACUUCUAAAAAAAUUAGGCAGGCGGAGAGUUUCAACGCCCAGGCUGGGGCGUCAAAGAUUUCGGCGCCCAGCCCUGGGCGCUGAAAAUGAUUUCUGGCGGUCGUUUUUGACGCUUUGUUUCACGUGUUCUUGCAUUUAUUUCUUUUUUUUCGUUUUAGUGCUAUCCCUUUUUUACUUGUAUAAAAAUUGAUUUUGAGGCUAUUUCGGAGGCUUUUUUGACUGUUAGCGUGAGAUGCAUUUUUGUCCGGAUUAUUUUUUUCUAUCCGUGACUCGAAACGGCUUUAAAAAUGGAGUUAGGGUGUGGAAGAUAUGAAGAUCUUUGUGUAAGAUUUUGGGUGGGUUGAGGUGCGUGUCGUUAGUGAAGGGUAUGAUGGAAUUAUGUUUUAUAAACCUGUUUUUUUUUGUAACAUUUGCAUUGUUUUGGAUUUUGAUUUCCUUUGAUUUCUUUGGGGUGCAUGGAUUGACUUUUAUGAUGAUACUGGUUGACUUUUAUGUUUUGGGGAUGUGAAGGGGAGAGUACGGUUUAUUUUGUGGGUUUCGGGAAUUGGUUCCCAUGGCACUAUUUCAAGACCGAGUGGGCCUCGUUUGUUGGACCUAGAGUGGGCCGUCUCUUUAUUUUUGUAUUUUGCAAGUAUAUUUGGUGUUUACUUAGUGUUAGAAUAUUACGCCUUUAUUAAUUUGGAAAGUAAGGAAAACACACUGAAAUAAACUUGACCUAUAUUCUAAGGGGUCUUAGGACCAUCUAAAGUCUUUAUUAUUUUUCUACCAAUCUAAAGAACUACUAGGCGCUUUUUAUUGAGGUGCUCUAUGUGGCUCAAGCCUUGGGUUUAGUCUCGUAAAACUUUGGUCCUUCACCGGUACUCAUCUUGAAUUCUAUUCCUUUUGCAUUGACCCACUGAUAUGUCUUCACCCAUCUGUUCUCGAUCUCUUCUAGUGUUGAUGCAGGAGCGAUUAACCGGGUUGGAUCGAAACCUUCAUCUUGUAAAGCUAGGGUAGUCAUCACAGUCUCGUCCUCCAUAGGCCUCGAUUCGUUAAACAAUGUCCAUAGAGCCUGGUCGUCCAAUAUUUCAGUUGUUUUAGUCUUGGUGAGGUGGGGUGCCUCAUCCAAGGUGUGGCAGUCAUGGAAGAUUUCAAAUCCUGGUUUUAGCAAGCCAUCCUGAACGAAGGGUUCAGGAAAAUCACAGCAUGGGUGUCCUUCUCCUUCCCGAACGAACAUCCCGUUAAGGGUUCUUUGAUAUGGGGGAAGGAGGGUGGUUUGUUUGGCUUUGUUAAGGCGUAGCCUAGACAGGCGGUCCACAAUAUCUUCCUCCGUUGGCUCAUAGCCUAAGCCAAAGGGAGUAGAUUUGUUGGGUAAAGGAUGGAAUGUGCGUUCCUUCUUCCUUAUGCCCAAUGGGGUUCCAGGGAAAUAACCUUGAGCUAACAACAUUCUAGGGAUGACUCGGGAUGCAUGCGGGUCUAGGAAUGCUGGAUCGUAAUCUUCGAUGAACUGGAUUGUUUCUUCCAUUUGAAACCCGUAAAGGUCGUCUGCAGUUCCGGCCGUUCCAACCAUAGUACAACUGACGUCGAGAGGAGGGGCGCGGAUUUUUAGUAUUACCCCGUUAUGGUUAAGUUUAACCAUUUGGUGCAAGGUAGAAGCCACACCUCCUAAGUCAUGGAGCCAAGGUCGCCCCAAGAGGAGGUUGAAAGUGGGCUUGAUGUCAAUUAUUUGAAACUCCGUGGUGCGUGCCACAGGCCCGGUUUGUAUGGUAAGGUUGAUUUUUGCCAACACAGGCCUUCGGGAGUUAUCAUAAGCUCGUACCCCUUGCGUGGAGGUUUGGAAGUCAUCGUUUCCUAGCCCCAAGCAAUGGGCGGUUCGCAAUGGGCAAACGUUAACCGCCGAACCGUUAUUCACGAGCGCUAGGGGGAUGUUUUGUCCUUUGCAUCCAACCACUAGAUAAAGGGCUUUGUUGUGAGCACCCCCCUCUUUGGGCAAGUCUUUGUCAGUGAAAACUAUGGCCUUUUCUCCGGCAUCUCUCGUGACAUGGCUAACCAGUGAGUCAGGUGUGAUAUCUGUAGGUACUGAGAUGAGGUCGAGUGAGCGAAUAAGCUUUUCGCGAUGUUCCUUCGAAGUACACAUGAGAUCCCAGAUGGUAAUCUCGGCCUUGGUUCUUUUUGGUUGUUUCAAGAGAGGAUUUUCAAUGACUUCUGCGACGGUGGCGUGCCGUCCAUUCUCAGGAGUUUGCCUGGGAUGUCGUCCAUAGGAGGUGGGCGAAUAUUCGGUUGGUAUAUUCUUCCGGAUCGGGUGAGGUUGUCGACCUCGGGCCCCUGAGGGGUGGUGUCAACGAGAGCAUACCCGGGCCAAGUUUCAGUAAAGAGGUCCUGGCCCGACACUUGAGAUAGGUAAAUAUCUUCAGCAUCAUCAUCCCACACACCGCACACUUCUCUCUCGAUUCGAUCCAUAGGGACCACAGCGAGUGGUGCACCUUGAGGCGUAAUGUACACCGUGGGGUCGAAGUUCUCUGGUUGGUCGAGAGAGAUGUGACAAGAGCCGACUGGGCUCUUGUUGUUGUUGGGUUUGCCAACUUUAGGGAGAGGUAUCACUUCAUCCUCUAUCAUGUCCUGGAUCGUAUGUUUUGGAUUCCAGCAGUUUUCAGUGUCUUGCCCAUUUCCUUGAUGAAA